GAUAUUUUCUCUCUCAUAUUUUCUUAGCUCUUUUUUUAUGGUUUUCAAUGGCGUUUUAACACAAAAUCAUCCGAUCUGCUGCUAACGUUACCUAGUAAAACUCACAAGAUAGUCAUCAGAGUGAUAGAUCUGGAUCUAGUCGUGUUUCUUCAGAUCUGGUUGUUUGAUCGACGACUUAUACAAGUGUUCGCUGUAUGGUUUGGCUUUACUSGAAUUAACGACGUUCUGCUAAGAUUCGGUUGGUUACGGAGAAGAUCUAAAGGAAAAAAAUUAACUGUUUUCUAGAUCUGGUUGCGAAUUUCGUUGGAUCAUCUAAGUGGAGCAAGAACGCUAAUCGCCAUACUACUGAUUGUAAUUUUAGAGAGUUGACUCGGUGACUUGACUCGGAAAUGGAGACGCUUGUGRUUGUUGCGCAGCARGAUCAAUUCCAUAGCAGAAGYCGUGGCCGAAAUCAUGGUUCGUUUGGUUCUUAUCCUUCGAGGGAUUUCAGAGAAAUCAAUUGCCGUACUUAUCAAUCGGGGUCAGGUAUACUUCCAAUCCCACUGAAGGCUCGUUCUCCACCUAUUACCAAACAGUCCUCACCUAAUUCYCCUAAGACACCAUCUGCAGCUCCAUCUGUUGUGAAAAAACAUUUCCAGUCUGACCUAAACCCUAAACACACACAGAGAAUUACAAAAAGUAGUUCUGUUCCUAUUCCUAUUGAUACCAAGCAUGUUGACUAUUCUGUUAAGGUUAACAUAAGGGGUCCUGAGAAUGAUAAUUUCUUCUAUUCCGAGCUUUGGGCUGGACCUGCUUAUUCAAAUUCACCACCUCCUAGCUCUUUGCCCAUACCUAAGUUUUCAAUCAAGCCUAAAAGGACUGUAUCUCUUGACCUGCCUUCAGUUUCAGCUUCUGAUAUUGAUUUGUUAACCCCGUUAGCGAAAUCUGCUCCUCCUUCACCUACAAGGGAGCACCAUAAGUCUUCUCGUAGAGACUUCUUUAGCAGCGAUGAUGAAUUUGCGACCAAGACUCUUCGUCGCAUUCUUAAUCUUGACUUGGUCGAUGAGUGACAAAUUAGGAGUGAUCAUCACUCCUGUAAAUAAAAAUAUCUACUUUGUUGCAGUAUUUUAGUGGUAGAUUGUAUAUAGAAUGAAUAAAUCAGUGGUUACUUUGGGAUUGCAUACUAGUUUUCAUGUAGUCAUGCGUUGUGGUAAUGGUGUAAGGAUACUGAUGGCUGCGUAGGUGGUUGGUGGUAGAUCAAUGUUCUAAAAGUUGAUACAGAUUCAUAACUUGUUGAAUUUUCUUGGGAGAUUGGAGGACGGGAUUCAGAUUGAUGGGACAGUUUGAUGCUGGAUCAUAUGUGAUGGAAGCAGAUGCUGGGUUUCUAGUGGGUUUGGCUGCUUAGGUGGUUGGUUGUAGACCUAUGCUCUGGUUUAAAGUUUUUCAGAGAUCAAUGUUGGGAUUACGGUUGACCAAACAGGUUGAUGCUGUACCAUAUGUUGUGGACACAGAUAUUGGGUGGAAAAGGGGGUGAGAUGGUGAUGAUUCGAUAUUUGGUAGGGGUGACAGAAUUGUUUCCUCGAUUAUCUAUUCAGUUUCAAGGAGAACCUCAGUGUUUGUGGCUGAUGAGUCGUUGAUAUGCAGCUGCACAGCUGCAGUAUGAAUUCUCUUUUGUCGACUCUGAGGUGCCUGCUUUCAAUAUAGGUUUCUAGGUGAAUAUUCUUGUAUAUAGCAUAAGAAUACUUGAUGGGUCGUUGGAUCUUACUUCAUCCCUGUCAUAAAAAACUCAUAGCCCUCAGCUUCAAAAAAGCACCAAUCCUGGUCCAAAUGGUCCUGUCCCCUUUUCUUCUUCUGUUUCAGCUGGUUUCAUGCUCUUGCAUUUCUGUAGUUGCCAAAGGCAGUGGCUAAUGAUCUCUUUCAUUUCUGUUAGUUUCUUGUCAUAGUUUGUCAUCAUCUCCUUUUCAGUUUUUCUAUUUAUUUCCUUCAAGAUAGAAUUAGAAUUUCAAGUCUUCUCUUAGUGAGGUUGUAGCGCUCCUCUUCACCAUCUUUUCUGGUUUUUAAGAGAGGAAAGUGGGAAGAGGAAGUAAAAAUAGUUGGUUGCUUGUUCUACCAUUUGGUUUGUAUGGUUUGUCUUGGGUAGCAGCUUACGUUACUGUGUCGGGAAGAAGAUCAAUGCCACUGUUCUUUUGGUCUUCAAGAAGGGGCAUCCAUUGUCUCAAAAGUUUGUUGAUCUUGCCAAGCCACUUGAAGGAAAGGUAUCUUGAAGUAGGAUAACCAUCUUCAGGCGGCUGUUCUUCCAAAAUACUUUGGUCGCUAUGGCAGUAGAUUUUUAAUUCUUCACUUGUUUGCUUUCUUGGGUUUACUUUUGAAUCUUCUGAGUUUGACUUCAGUACGAAGAGUGGAGGUAGCCAAAAGGAGAAGCAUCUUCCUUCAGGAGGCUGUUCUUCCAAAUCAAUCCGGUUACUAUGGUGGUUGUUCUUUCUCUUGUUCUGUUUCUUAUAUUCUCACUUUCUGCACAAGACUUAUAUGUUUGUUUUUGUUUUGUCUAAUGAAGUGACUUGGUUUAAAGUAGUCUUUUAUUAAUAUGUAGACUGCAUAUGUUUUUCCAGUUCAGUAUGGAAUGAAAUACCAUGUAUGGGAGUCGAGGCAAAA